UUUCUGCUUGUCAAGGUAUAUUUUUUAUGACUAGCUAUAUGUAAUAAACAUGGCCUACAGAUUGCUUUCGCAUCACAGUGUACGAUUUAAUCCUCACUAUAUUGGUGGUGGGCCUGUUGCCUUUGCUAAAGCUGUCAGAAAAACAUUGACAUAUGAUGUUAAAACACCACAAGAGUUUGAUGAAAAAGUUUUGAGAUCAGAACUUCCAGUUGUUGUUGACUUUCAUGCAAGUUGGUGUGGACCAUGUAAAACUCUCACACCAAGAUUAGCUUCAGUUAUGGAAACCUAUGAAGGCAAAGUAAAUUUAGCGAAAGUGGAUGUUGAUGAUCUGCAAGACCUGGCAUUGGAUUUUGGGAUAAUGUCAGUUCCAACCGUUUUCGGGUUAAAAAAUGGCGACAUUGUGGACAAGUUUAUUGGUUUAAAAGAAACAAAUGAGCUGCAUUCUUUCGUUCAGCAACUAGUCGAUUAAUGACGUUAAGAAUUAAACGACACUUAGAACAAAUUCAUAUGGUAAUUUGUCGAAAAUCUUUAUUUUAAAACGAAAACAAUUUGCAUCUUUUGUAUAUAAGGCCACUAAUUCUUUUUUUUCGAUUUCAGUUAGAACUUCUAUAUUUUAUUUCUAUUUUUGUAAGAAUGUUCUCCUAAAGAUGUUAGCCUGUGAGUGAAGAGUAUUUUUGUGAAUAAAAACAUAGAUUUUUGAGAAAUUUACUCUGUACGUGAAGAAGUUAUUGCAAUAUUUUUGUUGACCAGGAGUUCUGAAUAAAAUUGGGGAUUUCUAUUAAUAAAGUGAGAGGUUUCAGAAUGUUGCUUUAAGGAAACAUUUUCUACUUGUAUAAUUUGUCUCAGAAAACAUUUUGUUAAUAUGGGAAUGUCUCCCAAUUAUCUUUGACUACAAAGAAAUAGGAAUUACAAAAUUAAAACCGA